AUGUAUACGGCGUUUUUGAUCUUUGCCUUAAUGUGCUGGACUGCCCACGCAGACCAUCAUCAUCAUCUUUGCCGUUCAUCCAAUAUGACAGGAUUCCUUUCGGUGAUGGGAAACAUGGCCGAAAUAAAAGCAGCAGGCCAAUUCACUUAUGACUCGCAGAAUAAGAGACUCCGGUUCCAAACCAAUACAAGCAUUCCCUGGAAUGUAACCACGGAUCAAGAUCUAUUGGUGUUUUUUGACGAGGGGAUAAUAUACAAGAUCGACAGCAAAAACCAGAGCUGUGAGAAGAAGUUGCUGCAAUCCACAAAGCACCCUUUCGAUCUUCCCGCUGAUGCUACUUAUAUGUCCACUAUGAUCUCCGGGAGUGUCGCCCUGGAGGGCGAAGGCAUGAAAUUUCAAAUAUGGUCAACACCGACACCAAACUUGAAAGGCAAUGCCAUGAUGUGUUUAACCAUGAGAUGUUUGCCUGUAAGUACAAUCUACGUGACGGAAUCCUCCAUGUUCAUGUUCAGCAACAUGAAUGUGGAGCUGGAUGUCAAGGAUCCUGAUCUUCUUACUGUGCCUUCGUUUUGCCAAGGAUUGCCUGCGGAGGAGGCGCCCGAAGGGACAGCGUACAGUUUCUUCGAUGAAAUAAUCUGA